AACAACAACAUAUUCAUUAAAUUCAAUAUAUAUAUUGCAACAGUAUGUCAUUCAUAUUCACACAAUCACUAAGUUUCUAUUACUACACAUCUUAAUGAAGUUUAAAAUUCUAUAUGUUGUAGCUCUCCUUUUUUUGACUCUUAUAGGAAUCAAUGGAUCUAAAUCAGAUGAAGAAUAUUGGAAUUCUAUUUGGCCAAACACUCCUAUACCUAAGACACUUUCAGACAUGUUAUUAUCUGAUAUAGGAACCAAUAUGCCUAUCAAAAAUCAAGAAGAAAAACAAUAUUGGACUAUCUUUUUUGAACAUGACCUAUAUCCUGGAAAAACAAUAAAUUUAGGUAUCCAAAAAGAUUCAGAUAUCCAAUCAUCAAAAUCAAUAACACGUGUACCUGUCAAAAAGAAAAACCAUACUUUUAAGACUCGCAAAUGGCUUGGACAAACACCUGGAAAAGAAAAUCAAUCUUUUGAAUCAACCAUUAGGAGCGACAAAGAAACCAAAAUAGAAAUUGAUAGAGCAAAUAAGCCUUUUGGAAAGAGUGUGUGGGGGUAUGAAAAAAAAAUUGAUAGAUCAAAUCAACCUUUUGAAUUUAGUGCGUGGGAUGAAGAAGAAAUUGAAAAAGAAAAUCAACCCUUUGGAUUAUUUGUGUGGUAUAAAAAAGAAAUUGAAAAAGAAAAACAACCUUUGGAAUUUAGUGUUUGGGAUAAAAAAGAAACUGAAAAAGAAGAACAACCUUUUGAAUUUAGUGUGUGGGAUAAAAAGGAAAUUGAAAAAGCAAAUCAACCUUUUGAAUUUUGGGCGUGGUCUAAAAAAGAAACUGAAAAAACAAAUCAACCUUUUGGAUUUUGGGGAUGGUCUAGAAAAGAAACUAAAAAACCAAAUCAACCUUUUGUACAAGAUACACAAAAACCAAGUCAACAUUUUAUAGAAAACAGUUUAGAUGAAAAAGAAACUCAUAUCCUUAACAACUAUUGUGGAACCUCAUCAGCAAUAGGGGAAGACAAAUAUUGUGCCUCGUCACUAAAAUUAAUGAUAGAUUUUGCCAUUUCAAAGCUUGGAAAGAAUAUCAAAGUGAUGUCAAGUUUCUUUUCUCAAAAUCAAGACAAAUAUGUAGUGGAGGAAGUAAAGAAAAUUGGAGACAGAACAGUGAUGUGCCAUAGAUUGAAUUUUAAGAAAGUUGUAUUUUAUUGUCACACAGUCAAUGCGACAACAACUUACAUGGUUCCAUUGGUGGCCUCAGAUGGAACUAAAUCGAAAGCACUUACUAUUUGCCACCAUGACACUAGAGGUAUGAAUCCUAAAGUGUUGUACGAAGUUCUCAAUAUUAAGCCAGGAACUGUCCCCGUUUGCCAUUUUAUCGGAAAUAAGGCUAUUGCUUGGGUACCCGAUAUGAAUGAGUCUGGUGGUCAUCCUUGGGUCAUCUAGUAUAUUUGCAUAAUGAUUGGGAUCUCAUAUUUGGACUUAUUCUAAAAUGAUACGUGAGAAUAAAAAUGAAGUAAAAAUAUUACGUCUUAUGUGUAGUGUCAUCUAUAUAUUAUAAAUAAAACUAGUUCUACAUCAGCUAGAACUAUAUGUUUGUGUUUGUGUAACGUGUCAAUCUAUGACCAUGAUGUACUUUAUAUAGAAUAUUAUCUUUAUAUGGA